CCCUUGACGCUAGCUUGACCGUGCAUCAAGGAUGGCUUGAGGAUCUCUAGCACUCUAUACAUCUGGUGGAGGUGGCUUCGCGCCCGAGGUGCGGUCCUCUCUAUCUCUCAGUUGCAAAUGCCUCCUAUGUCCCGAGGGUUCAUCUCGAGCGGCAUCCGUCAUGCGGUCGUCAUCUGCGGUCCUCCCUCAAACUCCUGCCGAUAUCGUCCUUCAGCCAGACUCAGUCGCAUGAUCACUCUUCCCAAUAGAAGCGCACUCAAGACUGCUAUAGCCCAAAAUGUCCAGAAAAACGGAGAGACAAUGGGCCCGGAGUUGGCACCGAAGAAGUCUUGGAAGUCAUAUCUGCAAUCCAGUUCCAUCUCGUCCUCUACUCGGAGCUGGAUAUGGCGGCUCUUCGUCAUCGCUCCACCGCUCAUAGUCUUCUUCAUGUCGUUUCCGUUCACAAUCAUGCGAGUGCAGGGCGCUUCGAUGGCCCCGUUCUUCAAUAUCAACUCUUCUCCACAUCUCCCACCCAACGCCCCAGAUAUCAUUCUUGUGAAAAAAGUCAAGGGCAUCGAAGCAUUGUCGAAUCUGAUGGGAGAUCGAUAUUCACGAUUGAGACUUGAAAGAGGUCAAAUCGUGGUCUUUUACGCGCCUCACGACCCCGCGAAAUUAGCCGUCAAGCGGGUUAUCGGUAUUCCAGGAGACAGAAUCAAACCUCUUCCCGGGUAUCCUGGUGGCGACGACUCUGUGAUUGUGCCGUACAAUCACAUCUGGGUGGAAGGGGACGCGAACAGCCGGGAAAAGUCAAUGGACUCAAAUUACUUCGGACCCCUAAGUCAGAACAUGGUGUUUGGACUGGUCACCGCAGUCCUCACGCCCUGGGCUACUCCGGUGGCUGUUAAGGGAGACGAACAUGAUUAUCCUGCCAAAACCAGCGGGAGGCUAGAGAAGGACGUGGUGCAGCGUGCCAAGUUGGAUCCAGACACUGAGGCCUUGCAGCAGGAUGACCCUUUUGCGGACGGUCGAGCUGCGAUUGAGUUGGCUAUGAUGCGGCGGAAUCGAGACCAACUGAUCACAAUGAUGAGGGACAGGUCGAAAUUCGACCAACUGAAGAGAAUGUACGAGCGAGCAAAGACAGAGUUGCGUCAGGGCACCAAGGAGUCGAAGGAGGUUGCCAGUGGACUGGUGGAGGAGUUGCAGGUCCUUUUUGAGAGUGUGGGCUUGAACAAGGAUGGAAGCCCGAUUCCCCCGGCACUGAGGACCUUGCAACAGGGCGGAGGAGAGGAGGAUCAUGUCGCAAAACAGAAAAGACUGAAGGACUACCUGGCUAGGCAGCACCGGGGCUCGAAUGAAGGUGACAGACCUGCGGCUUAGACUCUGUCGUUGGCCAUAUGGAUAUUGCAUGCCCGUAGCUUGAUGACCUUCGUCCGAUGCAUCAGCCUCCCAGCAGGGCAGGCGGGUAGAGCGUCAGUUAACGGACAAGGUCAGUGCCAUGGCGCCUUCACAAGCCGAGAUGCCCAGCAACCUGGCAGAAGACCAGUCACGACUGACGCAGGUUGCUUUGUCAGAGCCGCCUCCUGCAUCACUCAAGCAAGUGAGGCUCCAUAUUCAUAGAUCCACACCAAUAUAACCUAGACAAAGAAGGGUGCGAGGUAUAGAUGAUUGAGUGACUAAGGAAAUGUGGAACGAAAUAGGUUCGUUGGUUGUGAGUUGUACGAAGCCGUAUGAGACACAGCAGCUAUGGCAAGACAACAUCUCUAAGUCAC